AUGGGGGACCGUCAGCGGCGGACCCGGAGACUCGGGAGCCUGACGACCAAGUCCCUGGUCUCCAAAGAGACGAAACUCCGGUUGCGCGUGAUCUUCCUGGAUGACAGCGAGCGCACGUUCGAGGUGGAGCAAAAGGUUUUAGGCGGCGACUUCUUCAACAAAGUGUGUGGCCAUCUGAAACUGCUGGAGAAAGAGUACUUUGGACUGGAAUUCAGACACCACAGCGGCAACUACGUGUGGUUAGAGCUGCUGAAGCCGCUGGCUAAACAGAUUAAAUACACCAACGAUCUGUUCUUCAGGUUUAUAGUAAAGUUCUUCCCACCAGAUCCCGGACAACUAAAGAGAGGCCUCACCAGGUAUCUUUUUGCCUUACAGAUAAAACAGGACUUGUCUAACGGCAGUUUGACCUGUCAUGACAACAGCGCCGCCCUGCUCGUCUCUCACAUACUGCAGUCAGAGCUAGGGGACUAUGACGAAGAGCUCGACUGUCACCAUUUAGAGAUGAAGCAGUAUGUCCCCAACCAGGAAUACCUAGACCACAAGAUCAUCAAGUUUCACAAGAAACACAGAGGUGCGUCUCCAGCAGACUCUGAUAUCCACCUGCUGGAGGUGGCAAGGAAGCUGGACAUGUACGGUAUCAGGCCUCACCCCGCCCAUGACGGGGAGGGAAUGAGGAUCAACCUGGCUGUCACGCACUCUGGAGUACUUGUCUUUCAGGGAAACACCAAAAUCAACACGUUUAGCUGGGCGAAGAUCCGAAAGCUGAGCUUCAAGCGAAAACAUUUCCUCAUUAAACUACACGACAAAGUUGGGCCGUCGUGUAAGGACACACUAGAGUUCUCCAUGACCAGUCGGGAUGUAUGCAAGUCCUUCUGGAAGACGUGCGUGGAGUACCAUGCCUUCUUCAGACUGGCAGAGGAACCGAAGACAAUACACAAAACACUGCUGUCCAGUAAGGGCUCCAGCUUUAGAUACAGCGGGCGGACCCAGAAACAGCUGCUGGAGUGUAUGGGAUCAGGGGAGAAGAAGCCUUCGCACUUUGAGAGGACUUACUGUCAGUCAGACUUCGAUCCCAGACACUGUCGUUCUUCACCUGAUCUCCUCACGGAUGUCUCCAAACAAUUGUACGAGCACUCCCACCCUUUGACUCGGUCAAGUCAUGCUUUGGCAGCCCGCAGUCAGGAUGAGUUGGACCCACAUCACCAAGACGUAGACGACAUCGAAAUCUGUGGAGGAGGGGCUAAACGCAGCCAGUCAUCUGUCGAGGUCACCCAGAGGAGCCUCCCUCUCUCCCAAGUCACUCCCCUCUCUCCAUCUCUACACCAAUCGUCCCUCUCGCCCAAGAUAAGAUCUGCCUCCACAUCUGUAAUGGAGGAUGUGAGGGGGGGGCGGAUCGGGACGCAGCGCCAAGCCCAAAGGCUAGCCGGUGUCUAUGGUAACAGGUCACGGCGUCGGCCCAAUCCCCAGCCACACCCGGAUGCCCCUCAGCAGUUGGUUCUUCUCUACCCAAAUAGUCCUGCGUACCAGUAUCACCCUAUCCUCCCAACAUUCCCAUUAGCUGGUUCCUCACCUUUUAACCGUCACCCCUACUUGUCGGACUAUGUUGCUGUUUCCUCACUGGAGCGUUUCCCGCAGGCAAGAAGGCAGGAUUACGUAACAAUGGAUGGCCUAUCGCGAUCAUCUUUCUAUCCGCUAAGCCAUGGUUCACCGUCCAACUCGCCAAUCAGGAGGAACUUCCGCCCCUCCGGCUCAGGCGGACUGGGAUUGGCUAGGGUUUACCAGCCAGGAAGCAAUGGAGCGAGGCUCUUGGGCGUUGGACAUACGGAGGCGGGGCAUUACAGUGACGACUCCAACUUCCUGCCGGGACUGCCUCGCCGCGUGGCUAGCCAACCAGAUGUUAAGUUUCACCUCUCAAGAAGUUCUAACCCCGCCUUUAACCCUGCAUCUGAGUUUCGUCCCCUUGGUUACUACCCCCAUCUGACACGCCCCUCCAGACCCACCUACCUCCCACUAAACUCCUCCCCUCUGCCUGAACGACCCGCCUCGCUAUGCAUGAUUGGAGGCACCACGGGAAGCUACAGCGAUUCAGACCCAGAGGUUUUCUAUCCGUAUUACUGCCCACCACCCCCGCUGGGGAAAAUGGUACGAUCCGCCGGACUAGCCAGAAUGAGGUUUUCUUCUGGAAGCCUCCAACUGGAUGAGGAGGAAGAGGCGGAGGAGAAAGAGGAGGCGGAAAGUGAUGCGAUGGAGAGAGCAAACAAGGAGCAGAAGGGCGAAGACGAGAAGAAAGAAAACUUAGGAGGAGACAAGACUAAAGGUGCUGCGAAGAUUACUGAAGUAACUCUGUAGACACACAUGCAAACUGUGCAAAGGUUCAUGAUAUGAUCACACUGAAAACUGGCGGGAUGGUUUAAAAAAAAUAAUAAAAAAAACACAAUCGCACAAAAACACAGACUGUAGAUAAAACAGGACUAUUGUAAUAAAUGUGAUGGCUUCAUACUGUG